AAAGGUCGCAAAAAUGGCUGCCAAAUAGUUUUUACAAGCGACAAACAAGCGGACAGCAAAAUCAUGGCUUCGUUUGGCUGGAAGAGGAAAGUGGGUGAGAGGGUGUCCAGGUCUGUCGUCCGGCAGUUUGAGGCCGAGCAGGAGAAAGCCGAGGAUGGUGGAGGGAGUCGGGGUGAGGAGGAGGAGGAGGUGGACUGGCUUCACGCCGUCAAACGGCGCCGGGAGGUUCUGCUGGAGGACUGCGCUGCAAAGAGCAGGAGGCUGAAGGAUGAGGGAGCUCUGCUGGCUGAACAGGGCAGGCACUGGGAGGCCAUUAAGAAGUGGGACGAGGCUAUUCAGCUGACUCCAGACAACUCACCGCUGUAUGAAAUGAAGUCUCAGGUGCUGACCAUUCUGCACGAAGUGUUUCCAGCUGUGAAGGCGGCGGAGAUGGCUGUGAAGUUCCAGCCGCUGUGGUGGGAGGGCUGGCAGACACUGGGCCGAGCACAGCUCAGCCUGGGUGAGGUAGACCUGAUGACCUUCCUGAUGCAACCACCAAGAUACCACAGCCCUCAUUCAUGGAGCAGAGGGGUGCCAUCUAUGGCGUCCAGGGGAGCAGAAGUACAGAUGUCAUAAAUUAACAGAGUCAAA